AUGUCGAAUUUGUCAAAGCUUGAGUUUGUGACACUUGACAUUUCUGGAAAGAAUUAUCUAUCAUGGGUUCUCGAUGCUGAGACUCACUUAGCCACUAAAGGCCUUGGUAACACCAUUACUCAGGGUAAUGAGGCAUCAAGCCAAGACAAAGGGAAGGCUAUGAUUUUCCUUCGUCGUCAUUUGGAUGAAGGUUUGAAGCAGCAAUACCGUGAAAGGGGUUUUAAAAAGUAUUCUGAAUUGAUCUCAUGCCUUCUGGUGGCUGAGCAACAUAAUACCUUUUUGCUGAAAAAUCAUGAAGCCCGUCCCACAGGGUCAGCUCUGCUUCCUGAAGCGAAUAUGGCAGCUAGACCUGAUAAGUCUGGAAAAAGACAGAAUAGUAAUCAUGGCCAUAUGAAUGUACGUGGGCAUGGCAAUGGUAAGAGACGAUAUAAUAGUCGUCAUCAUGGUGGUCAUGGCAAACGAGAGAACAAUAUGGGUUCUCAAAACAAUCCUUCAAGAGGCAAAAGCGGUACUGCCACCGCUGUGGCAUGA